AACAUGAAGAGAUAGGGAACAAGCAAACAUGGCUCUGAUUACGGUAGCAUUAGCAUUCCUGGGUGUCUGGUCCAUAUCAGCACAAGUACUACAUAAAUCAAUAGUACCGAAAAUAAUAAAGAGAGGUUCUGAAGUUACUGUUUUCUGUGAUUCUGAUCUUGCCGGUGUCCCUGAAAAUGACAGGUCUGAAGGCAUUUUUGCGUUGCAGCUGAUGUGGAAUAAAAAAUUCGUUUACUCGUUCAGUACCAGGUUUGGUACUGGCAUAACACCUGGUGUAAACACUCACUGGCGAACUAGGGUUUCUGGACACUAUCCCAAGAACAGUCGUGGACUUUUCGAUAGGGACAAAUUCAGGCUGGAACUCGAUAUGAUAAAUGUCAAACACGACGACCAAGGCGAGUUUUGCUGCUCUAGCUACAUCUGCAAGAACGGAGAACUACAACGGCCCACUACAAAACGUUGUGAGGAUUUUAUAGUUUCACAUCACUCUAUAGUGGAAGCAAGCUUAGUUGCACAAGAUCCAACUUUAAAAAUGAUUCACUGUACCGCUGAUCUCGCGGGAGUUCCAGAUACGGCAACAGAGAUAGACAGAGUGGAGUUGUUCUGGCAAAAUAAAGAUUUCGAUGCAAACUCCUAUUUUAAGUAUACAUUAACUACAUAUUGGUAUUCCCAACGGUACCCAGACUUAAAUUCAAUCAAACCUAAUGGAAAAAGUCACUGGCGCCUGCAGCGGGAUUAUGAAGACUUGAAGCCCAACAAGAGAUUGGCCAAAGAUGCAACAAAGCUUGGUAUAUUGAUCUAUGGACUACAAGCCCAAGACUCUGGCUGGUACUGUUGCAGUGUAAAUUACUUUGACAAAGAUGAUGUCAAUCGUUUAGCAUACAGAUGUCAUUAUUUAUCAGAUUCACGUAUUCAAGCCAUAAAACACUCCAGAAACGGGAGCUCAAUCAAGAGAGUUACCGAAAAUCUAAUCUUAGGGUUGCUGAUGUUUUCAUGGACUCAGCUACACAUUUAUAGGGGUGAAUAAUUUUUUUUUGUUUCUUGCUUCAAUGCCACUAAACACCUGGAAGUCUUAUCUACUAGCGAUAUCUCAUAGUGUGUUAUAAGGAAUCCAUCAAAGCCCUAACCAUCAAAGCUUUGAAUUUCAUUGGACACAAGAUCACGCAAAUUAGCUGAAAACAAUCAACGCUACCGUAAAGGACAUCUUUAAAAAACACUUAAUAUUAGAUUAAAGCAUUAACAUUUGUAAAUGCAAAUAAAUCAAGUUUUUAUUAACUUUUAGUUAAUAUCAUUAUUUAAGAUGUAAGAAGUGAACGUCUUGGUGUGGUGGUACUACGCUUUUGUCCUGUAAUAUUAGAAACACAGUCAAAGUAGUGCUCAACAUGUUGUGCCGGUCUAAUUAUUUUACGUGUUGUUUUUUAUUCUUGAAUGUAUUAUAAUGCAUACCGUACGUGCCUCAUUUAAA